AUGCAUGAGAACCGACCGCUCGAUGAUAUCAUAGAAGUGAACGAGCGAAAUGGCACGAAUCCGCCGGACAGACAGCGUUUCGAGAACGAAUUGGAAGGAUUUCACUCGGAAAUGCAAAGAAUUCGAUCUCAGGUUGAUUACUGAUUUUAGCGCAUUAUAAUAAAGUUUUCUGCGUUUUAGAUUCAAACCCGGUGCAAAAAAUGUCUAGAGGCGAACCCGGUGGAACAAGAAAUGCGGGUCAAGCGGGAGGCGCUACGAAUAGAAAUCAACCAGCUCAAAACCGACGGCAACAAGAUCAAAACCGAGAUUGAUAAUCAAGUGAGUCCCCAAACCUGUAGUGAAUUGUCCAUCUCCUGGGUCAGUCCGUAUGGAAACGAGUGCGAAGAGACGUGGACCGGAAAAAUGAGCUGAAGAGCAACAGCUGUGUGCACACUCCGAGAAUAUAUAUGUGCGGUCGAAAGCUUCGCAAUUUUCUGGAAGCUAGCUGAGCCAGCCCAGAGAGAAGGCGAGGGGGGAGGUGAUGAAGACACAAAAUUGCGAAAAGUGAGAAGAGCGAGCCUUUUUGAAUAAAUGCAUUUAUGCAUGAUAUUAGCAUAUUGAUAAACUGCAACGCACUUUUUAUCGAUGCGGACGUUCCCACCUGUUGCUUUUGCAGUUUGAUUUUUGGUGACGCACUGUAUUGUAUGAAUAGAAGCUCCACUUGCUUAGCACUAAUGUGACAAAAAAGCAAGACGUUCCUACCGUAAUACUAGAAAAAUUGUAGAAUCCUAAAGUUUGGUGCUGUCGAAAUGGAAAGAAAGAUAUAAAAUAUAGGAUUUUAUACUCGAUUUUCACUCGGGGUUUUAUGAGCAACAUAAAGAACGGAACAAGCAAACAGUUUUACGACGAAAACGGAGAAAUUUUGCAAGAGUUACAGUAGCUAUGAGCGGGCGUUGGUUGCAAAAGACGAAGCCCAUUUCGGCCACAUGGAUUUUUGAUUUUUCUCGAUUCUAGUUUCAAGGCCGCCUCUGCUCGUUCCCAGACAGCCACCAAAACAUGGAAAACUCACUAAACAUAAACACGUCAUCCACAGACGCGUAUAUUUUGUAUAUCUGAUAAGAACGGCAGAUCAGGAUUAUCAUAGGACUGGCGCGUGAACGAUGAAAAUGAUAAAAAUGAAUUAAUCGUGGCUUUUUUCCAGAGAAAGACGCAACUGGAUUUGGAGAAGGAUUGCCGCAUUCGGAACAAAGAUCAACUCGACAAAGUACUCUUGGAGCACGAAAAGCGCUACAAUACGCGCAGUAUGUCGGCGAGAGACGAACAAGCACUUGUCACCGAAAUCGACGCGUUGAAAAGGAAUCGGCAAAAGUUGGAGUGGGUUUGAACCAAAAAAGUGAACCAAAUCGAAUGGUUUUCAGUGCGUUGGCGGAAUUGAACUUAGAAAGGAGGGAUAUGAAUCUGAAGUUGGAGCAGAAUCGAGAGAGGAAACAUGUAAGUGUUCAAAGCUGAAUCGAAUGUGCACAAAGACGGUGACAUUUUACAUUGACAUUCCAAGAAAUGUCGUUUACGUCAUUUCACUAAAAAAAUUUUUAGAACUUGAUAACAAAUUGUCAUUCUUCAACCUUUUUUGUUUGCCUAUGAAUAUCCUACCUUUACUGACGAACUAAAAACAUUGUAUCUGUUCUGAAACUGUCCAGAAAUAUGGGGUAUAUCUUCAAUACUGAAACCUGAGAAAGCCAUAAGGAAGUAUGUUGAUGUAUAACAAUAAAACCUGAGAACUUUCCUUUUCAGAAAGUCUACUUCGACCUCACCUCCCUUCAAAACCAAUGUAAACAGAUGAGAGCGGACCGGAGAAUGAUAGAAGAUGAGAUUCGUGAUUUCAAAAUGCAGCUACGCGGGGCCAGUGACCGCCGGAAAGAGCUCAUUAACGCCUACGAGUAUAAUCGAGAAGAGUACAAGUCGUGGCUUGACGAAAACAAACUAAUCGGUUCGAGUGUGCCAAUGUCGUUCCCAAGCGCAAGAAAAAUGAGUGAGUCUUUGUGUGAAUGGGUUUGAAAUGAAGCGAGAAGACGCUCAAUUUUCUUUCGAACCUUGAGAAGGCGAAAGAGUAUUUGGAGAGGAAAAAUUGGAUGAGAAGAGGGUCUUAGGGAUUCGAAAAGAACGAAUGCAUGCAUUGAAAAUUCAAGGCUCGAAGGAAAAGAGGCUUUCGGACGUCUUGUGACUGCGUUAGCACGAGACAAAUCGUUGUGACCUGAGGCGUUCUAGUUGAGUUUUUGAAUGGCCCGGGCCGAGUAAAAAUGUUACGAAAUCCAGAAAAAAACACAACUCACCGGUAGCAUUUUUUGAUGUUUCAAUUUUCAGAAGUGCCAGUAGAAGUAGAAGAACUCGAGCCGUAUUACGAGCAGAAAAGAGACUGCAACCGGCUCAUACACUAUCUGGAAAGACUUCAGACCAAUGUCCAGACAGAAGAAGUUGCGAAACCGUCCCUCCCGGUCGUGAUCGAUGACGACGAUGACUCAGCAGACGAGCUGCCGCCACAACUGCUCAAACAGAACCCCAAGAUCCACGUGGCAUCAGUUCCGGCCUCCAAUCCAUGUACCAAGAGGAGUUUGAAGAAGGGAACACAGCCGAUCUCGCAUAACAUUGACAUUUACAAGCUGUUUGGAACUGUCGACGUGGAAGUGCCCAAAGUGUAUGCAGAUGUCGGCGAGGCAUUGAAAUCUGUAAGCUUUCAAUUUAAAAUUAGUGUUAUGUGAGUCAAGGAUAGCUUAGUUGAGUUGAGUGCGUUGCAACGCUGAGCAGAAGAGCAAAGAAAAUCUGAAAACUUCUAAGACCCAUUUUUGCAGGUGAGAGAAAAACUCGAGUUCUACAACCAACAAACGACCAACGAACUGGACUGGGGAGACGAAUUGGGAGGAAUGGGUAAGAAGAGUUUGGCUUGGAUUUCGCAAUUCAACCUAUUGACACAAAUGAUGAAAUGCUAACUAUUUCAGAAUUCCUGUCGGUAUCCCGAACUGCAAGUGACAUGGACUCUUACAUGGAUGACUCUCUUUCUGACGUCGGAAGCAUCUCCAGCUUUAUCCGUGCAUCGAGUCGGACCAGUUGCCCUUCGCCUCUGGCCACUGACAAUUCGCCCAAGAGAUUCGUAUCGAAUCCAGAAGUCAAAAAUUCGCCAGUAUAACCCCCAUAGAUCUGAAAAUCGUGUCAAAAUAUGUUUUACGGCGCUUUCAAUUGUUUCGUCCGCCUUUUCAUUGAACUCUCGAGUUUAUUUCCUUCACUUUCAUCGUGUUUCCGAAAACAGAUUCGGGUUUCAACAAGUUUCAGUUUGCCAUCGAAUCAUUUGAUGCUCUAGCAUGUAGCUCUAGUCUUAGAACUAGAUUUAUUUUUGUGGCCAACACGUUCACUUUGCUCUUCAAUAUCCGUUUGUCACAAAUGCCUUCUGCUCAACACCGUUGCUCAUGAUCAAUAAGUUUGUCAAAAAAUUGGGUACUUUCUAUCUUGCAAACUGUUGCCCACAUGUGAUUCUAUUUGAAAAAAAUUUUUUAUUCAAUGUAUUUUCUUUUUCCCUGCUAAAUGAUAUUGAAGCCGGCAGAAGUGCAUAGCAAUAGGGCCAGGGAAAGAGAGAGAGAGAGAGAGAGAGAGAGAGAGAGAGAGAGAGAGAGAGAGAGAGAUGGUUACGAGGUUGACUUUUUGCACAAAAAUGUCCUGUAUUUUUAAAAAAUUUGCGAACGAAGUUGUUUGUCGGAGGUACCGUAAUCCGAUGCACUAUCUUAAAGGAGGCUUGGCCAAAAACCGUCUAGCUCAAAAAUCGGUUUUUGAGUGGGGUCUUCAAUGGGUAUAAUAUGAACCGAAACGGAGUCAACUUGUUUUUUCUAGUACGGCAUGCUGUUGGCCGUUGGUUGUUUCUCUGAGAUACUAUGUACGUCUUAAUUUUCUCCUCCCCCUCUCUGUAGAAUGUGUUCAUUGGCAACUUUUGAUUCCGAUCUCUCUCCAGAUGUUCACAACAGAAAAAUAAAUGGCCGGAGUCCAACUGGAUAUGUAAAGGUAAAAAAAGAGAACAGAAGUUUAUAAAAGCACGAAACAUGUGCCAGACAUUGACGGAACCUUUCAAUGCGUCAUUUUUAUCGUCUUCCUUCUACAUUCUUCUCCUACUUCUUGUUUUUGAUGCUCUCAAAAGAGAAAAGAGCAAAGUGAGGAGAAAAGAGGAGUCGCUCUUCUUCUUCUUCUUCUUCUCGACGUCUCCUUGCUCGUAAUUCCCAAAAUCCAUAAAUAGAGAACCCCUUCCUCUUUUCCUUCUUCUUCUUCUUCUCUUUGCGGACCCCCUCCCCCAUCUCUUGGGCCUCUCCUUCUUCCUUGUGUGCGCAUCUCGCGCUCGUUUUUGGCUUCAACACGACGGCUUCUGGACGAUAGCUACUGCUCCAUUUAUUUGAGCGGCACCCCCCUCCGCCGUUUUCUUGCACACUUUCACCCAACAUUUCACACAACCCUGACCCUUUUCUUUUAACUUUUUCUGGACGAAUGAAAAAACCAUUGGUGUUCCAAUUGAAUUGGAAGCAAUUGUGUUGGGGCGUGCUCUUUUUGGUCGUCGCAACGAGCACCACUACUAAUGCGAUUAAAAUAAAAAGGACGGCCAAGGAUUUGGAGAGCCAGCUUUAUGAGGAUUUGCUCUUCGACUAUAAUAAGGUUUGUGUUUUUCGUUCUUGGUGUUGUUCUUUGGUAGUUUGAUUAGUGGGAUUAAAAGUUCUUUUAUUUUUUUGCAGUGCCCUUUCAACUACUAAACCUAUUACCCUCUUUGUUUCAGGUCCCGAGACCAGUCAAAAACAGCUCGGAUAUUCUUACUGUAGACGUCGGAGCCUCUCUCAUUCGAAUCAUUGAUGUAGAUGAAAAGAAUCAAGUGCUCACCACCAAUUUAUGGUUGGAAAUGGUAAAGAUGCAACCUGUUUUGAUAAAACUCACCACGAAACCUUCAGAAAUGGAAUGACGCAAAGCUUACAUGGAUUCCGGAGAAGUACGGUGGACUAAAGACCUUGCACAUACCGAGUGACUUUAUUUGGACCCCGGAUCUAGUGCUUUAUAACAAGUAAAUCAGUUUUCUUAGCUGUUUCAAUAAUGUCGCAAGUAUUUCAGCGCAGCAGGAGACCCUGACAUUACAAUCUUAACGGAUGCACUUGUUACCUUCGAGGGCAAUGUUUACUGGCAACCACCGGCUAUUUACAAGUCAUUUUGCCCGGUAAGUUUAAUGGAUAUUACGUUAUUAUCAAAAUAUUUCAGAUUGACGUGACCUGGUUUCCAUAUGACUCGCAGAAAUGUGAAAUGAAGUUUGGAACUUGGACGUACACUGGUCGAUAUGUUGAUCUGAAGCAACUUCCUCAAGGUUCACAAAUACAUUAAGACCAAAAUCCCAACAAAUUCUGCUCAGAAGAAGUAGUAACCAUCAGCAAAGAUGGAAGCGACGUGGAAUUCAUGCAACAAGGCAUGGAUUUGAGCUUUUUCUAUCGCUCCGCAGAAUGGGAUCUUCUGUCGUUGACAUCUGAAAGACAUUCUGUGCUAUACGCGUCGUGUUGUGGUCCUGAAAAGUAUGUGGACAUCACCUAUUAUUUCGGAUUACGGUAAACGACUUUGUUCUAUGAUUUUUAUUCGAAAUCUGAAAUUUUCAGCAGGAAAACCCUGUUCUUCACGUGCAACCUGAUCAUUCCCUGCUUUUUGAUUUCCAUUCUCACCACAUUUGUGUUCUAUCUGUCCGACCACAAAAUCACAUUCUCCAUUUCUAUUUUAGUCACGCUGACUGUGUUUUUCUUGGUAUGUUUUGUGUGAAAAUGUCUGAAGUGAAGGAUCGAAAAUAACUUUUCUUCCAGGUUUUGAUCGAUUUAAUGCCUCCAACAAGUUUGGUGAUACCCAUGUUUGGAAGAUAUCUGAUCACUACCAUGAUAUUGGUCGCACUAUCUACCGUGGUCUCAGUUAUUACUGUAAAUUUCCGGUUUCGAUCCGGUUCAGCUCACAAAAUGUCGCCAUGGAUUCGAGCGGUGUUUCUAAAGUUUUUGCCGAAGUGAGCUUGUUCAGAAUUGUACGAUGUCAACAUCAGAUGUUUUCAGAAUGCUGAUGAUGAAACGGCCCGAAAAGAAUGAAGCGACCAAACAGGCGCCUUUGGUAGAUGCCGCCAGCUUGGUGGGCUCCAACUAUGCAGCGGCGGCCAAGGUAGGCAAACAAUUGAAUUGUUGUUUGCCCAAACAUAACUUUAUUGUGCAGGCCGCUAACGAGUACCGCAACAAGGCCAAAAAGAACAACGAUGCGAUAAGUCUGAGGGAGAAGCCGAGCUCUCAGGCUGUUCUUAACAACACGUUUGAUAUGAGGAUGAGGAAUAAUGAUAGUAAAGUUGAAAAUGUUAGUGAAGUAGAAGUUCGUCACAAUUCUCUGAAAUUAUUGUUUUCAGAAACUGAAGCCGUACCUCUGCGCUCAAAACAAUACGGCUCCGACUGUAGCUUUUCGAAAAACAAAAAGACAGAAGAACAAGUCUGUGGAUGAUGUGGUUUUUAUGAAUCUUCUCAAUCAAGUUAGGUUCAUUGCUGAGCAUUUCCGGCAUAAUGAGUUGGAGGGAGAGGUGUGUUCAUUUUUCAGUUUACCGAACACUUUGCGAUGCGUCUAAUAGUUGCAAUACGUUUGAAAUUGCUUAAAUUCCGUUUUCUAGAUUUCCGACGACUGGACUUUCGUUGCAAUGGUUCUCGACAGACUCUUCCUCAUUAUUUUCUCGGUCCUUAAUGUGGGAACCGUUUUCAUAAUUCUGGAAUCUCCAUCAUUAUACGACAACUCGAAACCGAUGAAUAUCACAGUACCGAAUAAGCCAUUAGGCCAAGCCAACUUCUAUAGUUCCUGGAAUUUGAAGUAAUACAUACGGUUCUUUUUUGUCUGCAAAAUAAAGUAUUUUUGUUCCGCGUAUCUUUGAAGGUUCAUUUAACAAUUACAAUGAGAAACGAUCUUUCACAGAUACAUAGGAAAUCAUUAAUUCACUAGCGAAAAAGAGGUUGACCAUGAAACAGAAAAUUGACCUUGAAGACCAAUCUAAUUCACAUUGUUUCUCACAUUUCACAUCACAACACCAUAUAACCAAACCAAGGAAAAAAAGAGCGAAGAAAUGAUAUGUAUAUAAUAAUAACGUCAGAAAAUACACGCACAUACAUGCAUCCAGAAAGAAGAAGUAUGGGGUAUGGGGUAAGCAAAAAGUUUGCGGAGGAGAAUAGUUGGGAGACGUCAUAGACGCCAGGAAAACCGGACCCGGCGAAGAAAAGCAAUGCAAAAAAACAAAGGAUGUGGGUCGGAGAAAAAACUCAAUAAUAAUAGUACAAAUCGCAGUAGAUACGACCUUGCAGACACGUAUAAAAGCAGCAGAGGAAGACGAGGAAGGCAUCCAGAACAACAAUGUUCACUCCCUCUCAACUCAUCUGCUCUUCUCUUCUCAUUGCUACCAUUUUGGCUAGUCCAAUCAGCCAUUCUAGGUGAGCGCAUUUCAAACUGAAGUAUUGAUUGAUCUUCUUUUUUUUAGCCAUGAGAACGCCUCUGGCAAGUACGGUUACGGGGAUGAGAACGCCCACGCCAAGAACUUCCACGACAAGGCCGAGCAUUCUGGGCAUGAGGCCCGGGAUAAGAGCUACGCACACGAUGGAAAGGCCGCUGACCACGAUGAUCUUCACAAGGACGCCGCCGAGCACAAGCAGAACAAGGAGGCUCACCAGUCCGGAUCUGGAAACAAAUAUGUUGAUGAUGCCUCCAACUACAACAAGGGUGAGUUUAUCGGUUUCCUUAAAACAUACCAUAUCACCCACGCGUUUCUUUAAGACGUGAAGACCAAGACCUUUGGAUUCUUUGACUACCGUUACGUGCAGCCACAAUACCACAUGGAGCAGUACCACACCGACGAGAAGCACGCCAACAAGUACGCUGGAGAUGAGCACAACGCCGGACAAAAGCACGACGACAAGGGAGGAUACCACGCCGACGGACACCAAGGAUACGGUAAUGCUUUCGGAAAAGAGUACAAUUCAUUGAUGUACGCUUCUUGCAGACAAGGCCCAGGAGAAGCACGGAGCUUCCCACACCGACUACGGAAACGAGGACGCCGGACACAAGUCGAAGUACGACGACAACGAGGGCAAAUACGGAGACCACUCUGACGGAUACUACAACAAGGGAUACGAUAACUUCGGACACGGACACGACUCCGAGAGCUACCAGCCAUCGUACUACCAGCCAAAGCCAAAGUACUACGGAGGACACCAAUCCCACUACCAGCCAUCCGCCACCAGACAUUCGGCGCCGUACCACGGAGAGCAGUACUACGGAUACGAGGCCCCGCACUAUUAA